GUUUCUGUCGUCUACACUCUCGCCUGUUCGUCUUCUUACUUUGCACCAUGCCCAGGGACCGCUCACGUUCCGUUUCGCCCGAUUCAAAAGACAGAAGUAGACGCCAUGAUAGAUCAAGGUCUCCCCGGGACAGGUCGCGCGACCGCGAUCCACGCAAGGAGUCGCGCAGGUAUGACGACGAAGACGACUACGACCGGCGCCGUAGGGACCAUCGCCGGAGUGAAAGCAGGGACAGAUCGAGAGAAAAGGACAGAGAUCAUAAGUCGCGUCGCAGGAGGGACCGGAGCGAAAGUGAGGAGCGGGAUAAAAAGAAGCGCAAGCGCGAAAAGUCUGAAGAGCGCAAGGCUCGCAAGGCGGAGAAGAAGCGCGCGAGGGAGGAGGAAGAGGCUCGGCGGGUCGCAGAGCUCAGUGUGUAUAGCGCAACGGACAAUCCCUUCCACGACGUCAAUUUGGACCAGCAGUUUCGCUGGCACAAGAAGAAUGAGAAGGAAAGGAAGCAGGGCUUGACAUUGGCCGAGGCCCAGAGGAGGGAUGCCAUUCGACGACAAGAGGCGAGGGAGGAGCUGGAGAGGCUAAACAAGCGGCGGGCUGAGAGGGAGGCGGAACAGAGGUUACGCGAGGAGGAGGAAGUGAGAAUGGCUCGGUUGGCGGAGUCAGCGCAGAUGGCAGACUGGCUGUCGAAGGAAGAGGACUUCGAGUUGGAGCAGGAACGGAACCGAGCGGUGAUUCGUAUAAAGGAGAAACGGGCGAAGGCCGUCGACUUCCUCGCUCUCAACCUACGUUACGUGAAUCCCAGCAGUGGCGAAGAAGAUGAUCUGACCAAGGAGGGAUUGGAGAUCGACCUGGACGAGCCAUAUAACAUCGUCGAUAGCCUCACGCCACAGCAAGUGGAGGAAUUACAUGACGACAUUGAGAGAUACCUCAGGUUGGAGCAGUCAGAAACGAACAUCGAGUUCUGGACGAACAUGAUGGUCGUGACCAAAGACGCUCUAGAUCGCAUUAAGCAGACACAGAGAAUGGGCGCGACGGCUGCAGCCGCUGUUGAGGCCGACAUUACUGCUUUGUUGCAAGGGAAAUCCUACGAACAUCUUGUCCAGCUACAGAGGCAAAUACAGGCGAAGCUCACAAGCGGCGAACCGAUCGACACGGAUUAUUGGGAGAGCUUGCUGAAGAAGUUGCUCGUCUUCAAGGCAAAGGCCAAGUUACGUACCUUGCACGAAGUCGUCGUCCGCAACCGCCUCGAGCAGCUCCGGAAGCAUCAACGAGACGAAGCUCUCCAAGCGCAGGAGGAGCUGUUAGCAGGUGUCGCGAAGUCGGCUCAGCGAGGAGAAGCUCGCGUUGUGCCUGCAGACGUUGCUGCACAGCAAGACGCUGCCGAGGAAGUCGAGCCAUACGACCGCUCCAUGACCCCGCCCCUCAUAGACAUUCGCAAGUUGCACCACGAAGAGCGUCAAAUCGAUAUCCUCACGACGAAAGAGGACUUGCGUUAUCUUUUGCAACAACGGCGCAGUGUCGCAGGUACAAGAUUCAUCGCGAAGACCGUCCAAGCCGCUCCCGAGCAAGAAAGCGUCGAGGCUCCUAGCAACGCGGAUCUCGCCGAAGCGUUAUACCGCGCCGAGGCCGAGCGCGAGUUGGACGAGGAGGAAGAGCUCUUCAAUGUGGAAGAAAGCAUAGCUCGACCAACAUCGUACAACUGGGAGGAUAAGUAUCGCCCGAGGAAACCGAGGUACUUCAAUCGCGUGCACACUGGUUACGAGUGGAACAAGUACAACCAAACGCACUAUGAUACCGAUAAUCCGCCACCGAAGGUCGUGCAAGGCUAUAAGUUCAACAUUUUCUACCCCGAUCUCAUCGACAAGUCCAAGGCUCCUACAUAUAAGAUUAUCAAGGAGCCGGGCAACGACGAGACCGUGCUUUUGCACUUCAGUGCUGGGCCUCCCUAUGAAGACAUUGCGUUCCGCAUCGUGAACAGAGAAUGGGAGUUCUCUCACAAGCGUGGGUUCCGAAGCAGCUUUGACCGCGGAUGCCUGUCACUCUGGUUCAACUUCCGUCGAAACUUUUAUCGCAAGUAGUUCUCAUACGAGUUUGCUUGCUGCACAGGACUUCUGUAUAUUAGCUUGAAAUAUUGUGAUGUAUACGCCGUGUAAUUU